AUGGAGGACAUUGUCGACCUCAUCCUGACCCCGUUCAAGGACAUCGUUGACAAGGGGAGGACGGCUGUUCAGAAUGCGGGCGACACACAGCCCAUGCUCAAGGCCUCCCAGGCUCUGCUCAAAGAAGGCGAGCGAGCCCUCAAGAAGAUAGAGCCGUUAUGCAAGAAACACUUUGACGACUUUGGGCCAAAUUUCGUCGAAGCGGUAAAAGACAAUGCCGACGACUUCGAUGCCGACAAGUUCACUGAGCUUCAAAUGAUGUCACGGACAGCCGCGCCCAAAAUCUACGAUAUCCUACUGAAGAUGAAGCUUGAGCCGCCGACUCAUUUCAGCCAAGAGCACUUCAUGUCGCAACUAUCGCCCCCGUCUUCGCCGCAUCCCACGCCGCCCACGCUGAUGCCACCAAUGCCCACGGCACCACCUUCGAUCGCCGGUGCAAGCUCCGCUGGCAGAGACUCCGUGUCAAGUUCCAGGACAGACAACAGGUCUGCCAUAGAUACAGCGCCAGUUGAGAAUGCCAACGAGCAAUUGAGCGUCAUGCUUGACAAGGCAUUCAACAGUGAGCAUAACGGCCUCAACCUGUUAUCUCAGCCACCCCCAAUGCCACCUCCAGACAGGGGGCUGCCUCUACCACCUCCUCGGCCGCCGGCGGCAGUGGAACAGCUCCCACCUAGGCCACCAUCAACGAAUCCCUGGGACAUAAGGGUCAAGACUGUUGCUUCCGACGAUGAACGGCCGCGCGAUGCACCUCUCACACGCCGGAGACCGCCUGUAGAGCCACCACUUCUGACACCGGUCGAAGGAACCUCACCGAUCAGCCCAUUCACCACUUCGAGGAACUUUUCAAUACCACGUCCCAACUAUCCAGACACCCCUCGCAGCUCUGGACUACUACAGGAAUACCCGCCCGAAUCAGACGAGAAGCAUUCAUCUCAGAGCACCCUCAGCAGCCAGUUUUCAAAUUUCAGCAUGAGCCCUACGCAGUCUUUGCGACCCCGAGCACCUAGCAACCAUAGUGCCACCACCUACAGCAGCAGCACCCCGACCAUACCGGAAGAAAUGAGGCGGACCAAGGAUAUGAGAUCGAGGAGCUCCUCACGACAACGUCCCGCGCCCGCCAUGUAUUCGCCAAUGCCGUACAGAGCGAAGCGUCUGCGCCAGCCAUCGCAGCCCGCCUCCUCGGAGGAGAGCAUGGAUGAUGCAAAGACAAUUUGCAGGAGCAAUUCAGUGAACGACGCUGUGCAGAAACCGUCAGAUCGAAGAAUGUCGGCAGACGCCGAGAGCUUGAUUGAUCCGGACCCUCUCCCAAUCAGCAGCAAGGGAUCCGUUACCGAUAGAGGCUUCUCAGCUACCGCACAGCAACAACAGCAACCACUGCCACAGCAGCAGCAGCAGCAGCAGCAGCAGCAGCAGCAGCAGCAGCAGCAGCCUCCUCAACCAGGGCUUGAGCUUGUUCGCCACAACACAGGCCUGGCCGCCGGUAUAGACAGCGGUUUGAUUCCGGUAGACCCCUCCGGUUUCUCGAUGACGGCCGUUGUUGCUAAAUGCACACAUUGUUUGUAUGAGCUCGAUUUUAAGCACCUCGAAUAUGAUAUCAAUAAGCAAGACGAGGGAAACUACACCAAACACGGUGUCGGCUAUCGAUUGCGCUUCUUGCAAAAGAGUCACUUGCACGCCAAGCGGGUUGACGAUAUCAUGUAUGCCUGCGUUUUCUGUAUCCACACCAGCCAGACCUUGGACCAGAGCGACGCCACUGUCUUCACGUCGACAGCUGCGUUGUUCAGCCACUUAGCCCGGCAUCCUCGGCCACUCCCAGACGUCCCUGGCAUCUCCGUGGUGGACCAAACUGAGAUACCGCCUCACCUAAUCAACGACUACGAUCUGUUCUUCAUGAACCCCCCGGAACCUCAUCCGGUGCGCGAAAGAGCUGCAGAGAUUGCCCAUCUUCCUACCGCCCAUGCAAAGGAGUCAGCCCGAAGACUUUUCGGCCAGAGACUGUUACCUGACAGAACUCCAGCCUUGGAGUUUAUCCAAGGCGCGAAGAUCACCGGCAUUACGUGGCCCGCUCGAUAUAACGGAGAAUGGGCUUUCGGUUGGCAUGACGGCGUUCACGCAUCGAUUCCAACUGACAUCAUCAAGUUGGAUCGCCCUCCUUUUGGCCAUAUCAAGAGAAACGCUACGAGCCGCAUUCGGGCCAAGGCCAAGUGGAAGUUUGCACCAAAGGAAAAGAACGAGGACUGGCUAAAGUUUGACAAGGACGAGGUUAUCAGCAACAUUACUUGGUCCUAUCCUGAGUACUGGUGCUGGGCAGGCACCAAUGCAAAGGGCAAAUGGGGUGUCUUUCCCCAAGCGUUCCUCGACUCGAACUCGCUGCAAGAGAUUGCGUCGGUCAUCAGCUCGGACCGCGCCAGUAUUCUCAGUAACGAAAAGAACAAGUCGACUGCCAUUCUAUCCAAGUUUCCCACACGCACCAUGAGCGGGCGGCCAGCAAGUGUCGCCGGAUCGACGAGCAGCGGCGAGAGGUCAGUUUUUGGGCACUCACGAAGCCUGCGUCGAUCGCGGGAGUACUGA